AUGACCACCAAAGAAAUCCACAAGUACGGCACCGACGAUGGCUGGCACGGCGUCAUCCAAGAAGGAGGUGAAUUCCCACCCGAGAAAGACAGAUACCACCUCUACAUCGGCCUCUUCUGCCCCUUCGCCCACCGCCCAAACCUAGUCCGUCACCUCAACCACCUCCAACCCUACCUCCCCGUCUCCAUCGUCCGCCCCUACCCAAAGGGCGAACCGGGCUGGCGCUUCGACGCCAGCUAUCCCAACGCAACACCCGACCACCUCUUCAACAGCCAAUUCAUGCACCAGAUCUAUUUCCGCGACGACCCAGCCUACAAGGGUAAAUACAGCGUGCCGCUCCUGUGGGACAAGAAGAGCGGGCGCAUUGUAAACAAUGAGAGUGCGGAGAUGUUGAAGUGGUUACCGCGGGCGUUCGAUUCGGUGUUGGAGAGUGAGAGAAAGCUUGUGGGCAUUAAUUUCUAUCCCCAGGAGCUACGCCAGAAGAUCGAUGAGAUUAGUCCGUGGUUGCAGUCGCUGAUUUGCGCAGGCGUGUAUAAAGCGGGGUUCGCACCGACUCAGGAAGGUUACGAGAAGGGUGUUGUUCCGCUUUUCGCUGCGCUGAAUCGACUUGAAGAACUUGUGCACAAGAAUGGCGGCCCGUAUAUCCUCGGCGACAAGCUGACUGAGUUGGAUCUCCUGGCGUACCCGACGAUCGUCCGUUUCGAUACGGUCUACUCGCAGCAUUUCAAGACGAAUCUGGGUUCGAUACGACAUGAUUACCCUGUUUUGAACAAUUGGCUCAAGAAUCUAUAUCAUAACGUUGAGGGGUUCAAGGAAAGUACGGAUUUCAGGCAUAUCAAGGAGAAUUACACGAAGAGUCAUGGCGAUAUCAACCCGCUCAGUAUCACGCCACUAGGACCGUAUCCGGACGUGGAAGAGGGGUAUGAGAAGGAUUGGAGUAAGUUGAAGCCUGGCAAGGUAGCGCAUCCGCGGGUUUUGGAGGAACAGAGUAAGCUUUAA